CGUGCAGUUGUCACGCCAGUCUCGCGUGAUGAGAUUUGUGGCUGUGGGAUUGUUGAGGAGAGAACAAGUGGGCACCCUAGCAACUGCUUUCCUUUCCGAAGCUCAUUGACAGCAGGGGAACCGAUAAUCCAAACAUAACCGAGAAUCCCUUGUUCUCACAGUGUAAUUCCUCUGGGAAUUGAUGUCCCUCUGCUUUCCAUUGUGGGUGCUGCUUUGAUUCUUAAAAAAUAGAGGAAACAUUUGUCAGUUAAUGGAUUUGACAGCCCUAGACACUCUCAGAGACUUUGAAGGACAGUGAUUCUUUCUGACAAUGGAAUAUUUAUACUAUCAAAAAGAGACCUCAGUUGAUGAUUUACAUUUUCAUGGUUUUGCUGACUCUGCUUUGGUCUACAGCAUUCAGUAAUCGGCAUUUUUCAACAUACUGCAAUUUACUAUGCUAUUCAAUGCAUAGCAGUUAUAAAGCAUGAGUAUGGACACCUUUGCAAACACCCAAGCAACCAAUAAAUACAGACCUUGUUUUGAUUCAUUGACGUGAUGCUCUCACAGUCAUGAACAAAUAACCUGGGAAGGCAACACUCAUCAUUAGAAUGCCCAGGAGAGGGUCAUUUAUUCAAGCCAGAACCCGAUGGUUACUGCUUGGGCUUGCACUUGUUUUCAGCUUGAUGCUUCUCAUGUAUUUGUUAGAAUGUGCUCCAACACCAGAAGGAAAUGGUUCUCUGCCAGGGAUUGCUAUAGAGACCCAUGGUAAAGAAUAUUAUCAGGCUCUCCUCCAAGAGCAGGAAGAACAUUACAAGAACCGUGCCUCAAGCCUGAAGAAACAGAUAGCCCAGCUUAAGCAAGAACUUCAGGAGAUGAGUGAAAAGCUAAGAGCUGCUCAUGAAAAGAAGCUUUCAGCUGCCAAUGGCUUGGGGCAUCCAGGAACCAAAGAACAGUCUAAUGACUUGUUAGAAUUUUUGCACUCCCAGAUUGACAAAGCAGAAGUUGUAGUUGGUGCCAAAAUACCCAGUGAAUAUGCCGUGAUCCCUUUUGAGAGCUUUAAUACCAUGAAGGUUUACCAGCUUGAAAUGGGCCUAACACGCCAUCCUGAGGAAAAACCUAUGAGGAAGGACAGGAGAGAUGAGCUGGUGGAAGUUAUAGAGGCUGGUCUGGAUGUAAUUAAUAACCCUGAUGAAGAAGAUGAAGAGCAGGAAAACAGAGGGAGUGACAAGGUUCUAUACAGUGAGGCAGAUUUUGUAGAAGGUUAUUACCGCACAGAGCGAGACAAGGGCUCCCAUUAUGAACUGCUCUACAAGAAAGCAGACUCUGCAAGCUAUCACCAUAUCACUCUGUUUCGACCCUUUGGGCCUCUCAUGAAGGUCAAAGUUGAAACAAAGGAUCUCUCAAAGGUUAUUAUCAACAUCAUUGUCCCCCUGUCUGGAAGGACAGAGGCGUUUGCCCAGUUUAUGCAGAAUUACAGGAAUGUAUGCAUCCAGCAAGAUAAGAGGACUUAUCUCACAGUGGUCUACUUUGGAGAUGAAGGCCUGUCUGAGGUCAAGGAGAUCCUAAGCAGUAUUGACAGUGAUUCCAACUUUAAUAACUACACCCUGAUUCCACUGAAGGAGGAGUUCAGCAGGGGGCGGGGCCUUGAGGUGGGAGCUCAGGCUUGGGACAAGGGGGAGGUGUUGCUUUUUUUUUGUGAUGUUGAUAUCUACUUCACUGCUGGAUUCCUGGAAACGUGCAGGCUGAAUGCAGAACCUGGUAAGAAAGUUUUCUACCCUGUGGUGUUUAGCCUGUAUAAUCCUGCUAUUGUUUACGCAAACCAAGAGGUACCUCCUCCUGUGGAGCAGCAGCUGGUGUAUAAGAAGGAUUCUGGUUUCUGGCGGGAUUUUGGCUUUGGUAUGACAUGCCAAUACAGGACAGAUUUUCUCACCAUUGGGGGCUUUGAUCUGGAAGUCCGAGGCUGGGGAGUGGAGGAUGUACUCCUUUACAGAAAAUACCUGCGGGAGGAACUGAUUGUAGUGCGCUCUCCUGUUCCAGGCCUUUUCCAUCUUUGGCACGAAAAGCAUUGUGUUGAUGAGUUAACCCCAGAGCAGUAUCGCAUGUGUAUCCAGUCUAAGGCUAUGAAUGAGGCAUCACACCCUCACCUGGGCAUGUUGGUUUUUCGGGAUGAGAUAGAAGCCCACCUUCGGAAGCAAGCCUUCAGGACUAACAAUGAGCCAGAGCAGUGAGGGACUACUUUUUAGAAAGAAUUCAGGAGAUUAGCUGGCAAAUGUGAACUUGGCUUGCAGAGAAGGACUGACACUUAAAGGCCUGUAAGGGGAUGAAAGCCAGAGUACCACAGAAGUAUGACUGGAUAAAAGGCUUGCGGCAGAACAUGCACCCGGAAACUGCACAUAUCCGUACCGGUAUAGUCAGAGGGUGUCAGGAGCACUUUCCACAGCUGCUGAGGGGAUAGCAUUCAUGAUGAAUGAUCAAUUUGCCUUGUAUGCAUCUUCAACUGAAAUUCAUAUUUAAAGGGGAUGUUCACCUUUUGCAAAGUCCUACAAGAGUGGUAGAACUUGGCAAAACAAGCACAUUCCCAAAUACAUUUUUUUUAAAAUAAAUUAAGGUAAAGGUAAACAUCCCCUUUAAAAGCAAGCAGUAGUUCAGUAUUGCAAAAAGUAGUUUUAACAUUUAAUAUGGUCCCUGCUAAAGGAGAGUGGAAAGGGGGAGAGUAGUUUUUAUCAAUCAUUCCUGGCUGUUAUUUUAUUACCUCCAGUCUGCUUGACUCGCGUAUUAUGGUUCCAUUUCUGGGGAAAAAAGUCAUUUCAGCUUUCGGCUGAAAAACUUCAUGUUUCCUCAUCAAUUGGAGCCAAGCCGAACUUUAUAUAAAAAAAAUAUUUUUUUUUCUUUAAAUGCUUGUGAAAACAAUCCUGCAUAAAAAAAGCAGUUAUGCAAGAAAGAGAGCGCUCUCGUAUCUUUUUUUUUUUUUUUUUUCAUACAAAUAUUUGAAUGUAGGGGAGAUAAACCUUAGAGGAAGAUUUAUUAAUUUAUGAAUUAAUUUAUUAAUGAUCAUACCUGGGCGUUUUCUGAAUCAGACUUCCUCUUAGUUUAUAUCUCCUGUAUUGAGGUUUUCAAAAUGGUUCUUAGCUGGCACCAAGUCAUUGCACGGUAUCAGGAUACCAGAAUUUACACCACUGCCCCCUAGAGAAUUUGUUUAUGUUUACAGCAGAAAUAUAUUUGUUUCCAUUUUUUUUUUUUUUUAUAAAAAAGCACUCAAGUGUGACAAAAGCAAGAAGCAGUUAUCUUGUACAGAUGCAUCACAAGCACGUGAUUAGGAAAGCAGAGUUGUCUGGUUCUUAGCAGAACAGCUUCAAUGGGCAAUAAUAAUAAUCAUGGAGAGGAACAUUCAGUAGAACCCAGAUUUUAUAUACCCAGACUUUACGAUUCCCUGGUAUAAAUGCUGUUUUUUUCACAACCCCAUAUAGGCAAGUGCCAUCGUUUUUUGUUUGUUUUUUUUUCCUGGAUUUUACGUUUACCAGGAAUUUACGCAGUUUUGAUGCUGUCCCCUGGAUUUCUAUUUUACCUGAUAUCACUGAUUCCUUUUCAUGCUACCUUCUUACAAGUCAAGAUAGCCUGUUCAGGGAUCCUGAUGCUCUCAAUCCUAACUCCUUAGCUCCACUAGUCCAUGUUGCAUUGUAGAAUGGACACAAGCAGUAUUGUGUGCAGCAUAGAAUGCAGUUAUUUACUAAGCAAGUGCAAAUUGCUAAAGCUGGCCAUACACGUUCCGAUUUUAGUCUACUUCUGACAAACAUUUAGAUAUCGAUUGUAUGUUUAAAUGCAACAGUCUAAAACUAACAUUCAGAUUGAAAAUGUCGGAUAAAGCCCUAAAAAUAACAAAUCAGAGGAUGUUCUGAACUUAAAAUAAUUACAGACAACAAUUGUACGAAAUUGAUGUCCCAGGACUGCGUUGUAAGUCACCCAAGGAUGUCGUCAGAUACAUAAUACAUGGGCACAUUUUAUCUUUACUGACUGAAAUUUUCUAACCUGUCCGACUAAACGACUGAUCGUCAUGGUAUGAAAAUUAUUGGGGCGAAAAUUUGGAGCCCACACAGGGUCCAGAAAUAAUGAUAUCAGUGUUUGUGUUUUCCUUAAACACAAUUAUUCUGCCCCUGCAGCAGUUAUUGAGACGCAAAAGUACCUUGUUAAAUGGUAAUUUGACUGGUACAGUUCUAUGCCAAUCUAUGUGCAGAGUCCAGUUAUAUGGGUAAGAACCCCCCAGUACGCCUGACGUCUUCCUGUGGAAGUGGGCAAGAAAGCAGCUGAGGUGCAAAAGGCCUGUGAGUAGCUGAGCCAGUAUUAAACCCAUUUAUAAUAACUGGAAGUAACUGAAGGAAUUUUAUUUUGUGGGUUUUUUUUUUUAGAUUUUGUAGAUAUUUAAUGCUUUUAGUUCUUUGUAUGUCUUCAGUUCAGUUUGGCAGCAAACGUGUUAAUCUCUUCCAAGAAUAUGAGCAUUUCAUUAGAGGGAAGUUGGAAAUCCUCAGACAAGACUGGGUUGUUCUAUGUCGCCGGUAACGAUCAAACCAAUAAAAUUAUUUUUUGGUACAA